ACUUCUUUUGGUACCUCCUACCUUUCCUCUUUUUUUAUCCCCUCUCCCUGUUUUAAAGAACUUUGUCAUGCACGAGCAUGGAUUUCCGGCACCAGCAGCAGUAUACAGUCACCAACAACGAUAGUAGUAGUAAUAGUAGCAGUAACAGCAACAAUACUUACUUUAGACAUACAUAUUGCGCCGACAUAUCACCCCGUAACUGGACGUCAACCAUAUAAGAAACCCGUUAAGAAGGUUUUCCUACCGGUUUUUCUAGAAAAUUUUCUUUCUCCAAGAUUUUUCUGUACAUUGUAUGGAUGUUGAUGGACCAUGGAGCAGCACACUUGUAAUAUGCUAUAAGUUAUCUUCACUUUGGGAUCAUAUCCUAAAUCACUAGGAAUGAUCCCACCUGGUUUCCCUUUCGCAUGGACACAAGUAACAUAUCAAUGAUCCUCAGAUUUGAAUUACACCCUGCUCGGUUGCACGAGCGCAAAAGACAGGAGGAACGAAAAGGAGAACAAAAGGAGAAUAAAGGAACAGAGGAGACAUCCCGUGUUGGCCUG